CCAUCUGACCCCACAACCCUCCACAACUUCCAGGACUCACAUCUCCUCUGAGGGCAGAGCUGAGGGCACCAUGGACAUCAAGGAAGGGGACACAAUAGAGAAGGGCGCAGCCAGUGGGGUGGUGGUCCAAGUGAGGGAGAAGAAAGGACCCCUCAGAGCUGCCAUCCCCUAUAUGCCUUUCCCUGUGGCUGUCAUCUGCCUCUUCCUCAAUACUUUUGUGCCAGGGCUGGGGACGUUCGUGUCGGCGUUCACGGUGCUGUGCGGAGCCAGGACGGACCUCCCCGACCGCCACAUAUGCUGCGUGUUCUGGCUGAACAUAGCCGCUGCCCUCAUCCAAAUCCUCACAGCGAUUAUCAUGGUCGGAUGGAUCAUGAGCAUAUUCUGGGGGAUGGACAUGGUCAUCCUGGCAAGCUAUAAGGAACAAGGCCUCCCCCAGCAGCUGUAACCACAUCGUCCAUCACGUAGCGGAGGCCAGAGAUACACUUUUGUGCUUAUGUCUUUUUCUAGAACAGUUUUACUCUAGAGAAGACAGGACACUCGGCACAACGUCGUCCUCAGGCAGCGGUGUAUAAAGGGAACCGGCAAUGUACAGACAAAUGGAACCUACAACAAUAACAGAAGAACCUUACCCAUCGUAUCCUGGGCCUGCCCUCCCUGAGGAGUCAUCGGACGCUCCCGUCACUAUUGGGAACCAUCCAUUCUCCUGACCUUCAGCGUCCACCUACUGUCCACCGUGUUUGGGCUAAAUGGAGCAGGGAAUUGGGUUCGAAAUGAGAACCAAGCAAUCAGCAAAGGAGCCUGCAGCGCCCUACACUCGCCAAGAUGGAGGCCUACAUAUACACCCCGUGCCCAUGACUCUUACUAACUUGGGACUGUAUGGAUGUAAAAACUUCCGUCUGAAUAUUCUGUAUUUCUGAAAGAACAUUCUUUGGUAAAGAUCCAGAAUUUUUAUCGGUGUUAUGUUCUCUUGUAAAUAUGAGGUAUUUAUACGUCCUUGGGCGACUGAACAUUGAGCUUUGGAAAAUGUAAAAAAAAAAAUAAUUUGGUAAAUUUUUAAUAGAACAUCCAUGGUUAUAAACCUGGGCAGAUACCAGGGCUGAAGGGACUCAAUAUAACCCUGUCCUCCAGGGGGCACUGUAAAUACAUGCACAUUCUCUUGUUCCGCAUACUCUGAGUGGGCGGAGUCUUCCUGCGCUGCUUCUUCUGAACCAAUCAGAGGGCAAAGUGUGGCGCUUCAGGUCAGCUAUAGGCUAGGUUCACACUGUCGCUGAGCUAAAGGGGCUUUGUACGUGAACCUGUUCAGAGGACGGGAGACAAUAUACUUCAUGUCCUAUUUUCUUUCUCUGCUUAAAGGGGUACUCCGGUGGAAAACCCUUUUUUAAAUCAACUGGUGCCAGAAAGUUAAACAG